ACCGUCGAGCCCCCCGUCGCUCCUUAUCGCCUCCUCCACGUCGCCCACGGCUCCGGCGCCAUGCAGCGUCGCAAAGCCAACGCGUACAUCGCCUCGCCCGUCGCGACUCCCGGCAGUCCUACGGAGGAAAAGCCGCUUUCGCGCUGGAACCAAAAGUCACUCGGCGUGACGAACAGGAUAUGGCUUAUUCUGGCCUCGUUCCUUGCUAUCGUCGCCUUCACGCGCUACAUAACCCCCGAGAACACCGUUGUGCAGGGCAAUCGCCACGUCGUGAUCGCCAGCAACCUGAAGCCAAAGAACUACCUGAACACCACUAGGGCAGCCGAGGGCACCGUGCCCUUCGACUUUUGCCCCGUGUUUGGACCGGGCGACGACCUUGCUCAGAAGUACGGCAGCCUACAACUCUCGCGGACCAGGCUACAUCUAGGCAGCAAUGCCCGCGUGCAGCGCGUCAUCCACAAGGCUCUGCUUGGUUUGCCCGUCACGAUUAGCGUCGUUGGUGGAUCAGUAUCUGCAUGCCACGGUGCUGGAGAUGACCCUCUGUCCCCAGACUGCUACCCCUCCCGUUUCUUCCACUGGUGGAACAACGUGUUCCCCCACUCUGCAUCCGAAAUCACCAACGGAGCCAUGCGCCGCAUCAACUCCGCCUACUUCGGAUUCUGCGCCGCCCACCAUAUACCAGACAUCACUGAUCUCGUCAUCGUCGAGCUCGACUCGGACGACGACGACGACUCCAUUGACAACUUCGAGUUGCUCGUGCGAAGUCUGCUCCUCAGAAAGGAACAGCCCGCCGUCAUCGUCCUUGGCCACUUUUCUCCUCAGGUCCAGGAAACGUAUGGGUUCGCGGGACCGGAGCAUUGGCACUCGAUCGUAGCGCAGUUCUACGACGUCCCACACAUCUCCACCAAGCCCCUCAUUUAUCCCGACUACAUAGCAGAUCCUUCCAGCACGUCCCACCUCUACGUGGAUCCGGUUCUGGCGUCGCCUGCAGGCCAUGAGUACCUUGCUGACGUGCUCAUCUCCUACAUGCAAUCCCAGGUCUGCGCCGCGUACAACGCCGCACUGGGCAAGAACCAAGACGCGCUGCCGCUGCUUGCUGCAGAUAGCGUCAACGUCCGCCAGCCGACGGAUGCGCGCGGUCUCUUUGGCGGAGUUGGGCAACGGAAAGGCGCUGGUGCCGCGCAAGACGGCGAAGGUGCCCCUGUUUCCGAAGAGGACGAGAACGCGCCGGAUAACAAGGGCAACGCGCUCGCUAUGAACGCGCUCACCGCCCACAUGCUGAUCCCGCCGUCGCGCAUCAACACGCGCCCUGCUGAGCUUUCCGGGGCUACCGGACGGACAUUCGAAGAGAUUGCACCGUUCUGCGCGAGUGCCAAUGACCUCGUUAAUCCGCUGCCGCCGUCGAUCUUUGCCGGAACUGGGUGGACAUCUGCACACCCACCCCUAGGGUCGACGGGCGACUGGAGAGUCAGCGCUCAUUAUUGGGUUAGUACGUUACCAACGAGUCAGUUGAGAAUCCCGAUCCAAGUUGGCAAUGGAGACAUCGGUAUCUACUUCCUCAGAGAAACUCAAGCUGCCGUAGGGGACGGUAGUGCGGUCGAGUGUUGGGUCGACGACAACGUUCCCGGGCGAAGGACCAUCCGGAAUGUGGGACCCGUUGGAGAGGCGACACCGACGUUAACGUUCAUCGAUCACUACGUCGCACGAGGACCACAUUACGUUGAAUGCGUGCUUAUGGGCGAGGAGGGCCAGAGUGUCCCGCCGUUCAGAAUCAUGGGCAUAUUUGCGAACUGAUCGCUUCCUUGUUGCCGUUGCUCGUCAGCAAUCGUCUCUGUCGCAAGAAAGGACAGUGGGUAACCGAUGCUCUCACGUCUUGUUUGCCGUAGCGCUAUUUUGCGGGUUGGACUGUGUACAUACAAUAUGUAGAGUAUCAUUGUGGUAGUCACCUAACUUAGAGGCAUUCGCGGAAUCUACGCAGGAUUCCGUGCAUAACUUCGAC